AUGUCACGGGGUCAAAUAAUCCACAGUGGGCACUUUAUGUGCUCGAAUUUACACGACGACCUCGUGCCGGAUGAAGACGAAGAAGACGUCGAAGUAGACGUUGUGGAGGAUGACGAGAAAUCGACGGAACCCCAAUCAUUGGCGAAUAAAAAUAAAGUUUUAGACGAGAAACCCGUCACAUUUUACAAGUUUGGAGUCGGAAAAACACAAUCCAUCGCUAUUGAUGUGUCGUUGAAUAAGCUGAACAAGUGUAUCAAAGUCGCCUAUAAUAAAAUGACGACACCGAAAUGGAAAGAUUUCAAAGGUUUACGACUACAUUGGAAGCAGAGAGUUCGGUUGAAUAAUGUGAUUUGGAGAGCAUAUUAUAUUGAGUUCCGAAAAAAGCAGCCGGUGAAACCGAAGAAGCCGUUCUGCUACUUCGCAGUGCCCGAUGACGAUACAACACAUCAGAAGAUCGAGGGAUCGAUUGUAGAAGGAAUGUAUUGGAAGAGGAAAAUGGAAGGAGUGUGUGCACAAUAUAAACGAUGGAGAAUUCGAUCGAAACAUAGUAUUCAUCCGGAGAAAGGAGGAAUGGUAUCGACGUGUUCAUCGACAAGUGUUAGCAGUAUGAGUGGAAAGAGGAAACGAAAACAACCAGCACAAAAAGAGCGAAUCGACACUCAUCUGGCACAUGUCAACGAGCCGCCCGUCAAACUUCAACGAAGUCAAACGCCGAAACACACGAUUUCGGAUGAGUUCGCGUGGCAUUUGGAUGAAUUGGAGAAUGAAUUCGGCGAUGUGUUCACUGAUGACUUUUUGGAUUCUUUGAAUGAGCCGUAUCUGUUUCCUGAUUCUAGAGAUGUUUACGGUGGAAACAACGCUGACAUCAUCCAACCGGGUCUUCUACCCCUCCAACCAACGAUCGAAGACAUCAUGAUGUCGCUCAACGAUUUCCCCGAAUCGCCGCCGUUUCCAGGCGAUCGGGAUACAAUGAGAACACCGAUAGACCAUGAACGACCGUCGACGUCUUCUAACCAACCACCUCCUCAGAUGAGACGAUCCGCUUCGUCGUCAGCGUCACUCCAUCAGAUGCAAGUCAUUCAACAACAACAACAACAACAACAACCGCCACAGUCAAUCGCCCAACCAUCCCAACAAAUUCAAAUUCAACAACCCGUCGCCCGAAACCCCACUCAAGAUUUCAUGGCUCACUCGAUUAUGAUGGAUUAUCGAUUGAUGCCCACUCGACAGUCCUCAGCAAUCACUUCUCAAAUGCUCAUGCUCAGCCAAUCCGCUUCCACGUCAUCAUCCCAACCACAGUAUGCCACGUCGACACAUUACAAUACGAACAACGCGUUUCUGCCUGUCAGAAAUGUCAUGUCGACGCAACAUCAUAAUUUGGCUCAUGCUCAACACUGGAAUAAACAGCAACAGCAGAAUUUUUUGGCAUCCUUCCCGCAUCAAUCUCACGUCGAACGAAUCCUCAACAAUCAGGCGCCACUCCCCACUCGCUCAACCCAACUCCUCCCACAAAACGAUCCCUACAUGCCCCAAUUCCUUCAAUCCGCUCAACCGACACCCCAACCCACUCCUACACACGAUCAAAUGAUGGCUCCAUCACGGUCGUGGUGGCUGGAUAGUCCACUAACUGCCAGUGUACAAUCCCCGUUAUCCGUAGCCACUCCGUUACCUCUAGCCAAUCAGAACGGUCCGCAGACACCAUUGGGACAGUUGAUGAUUGGAGGGGAGAAUGGGUUUAACGGAUUGCUGGGCGGAGGGAAUAGUGGAUUUAAAAUGAGUGGAGGAAACAACGGAAUACCGACACUCUCGCAGAGAUUAGAGCAACCGCCCAUCUCAACGACAAACUCGAUUUUUGGGAAUGUUGAUAACAAAUCGCAAAACAACAAGAUCUUAGCCUCGUUGACAUCUCAGAACACCCCAACACCCUCUCCAAUCGACUUUUCUAGUUUGUCACGUCUUCGGACGACUUCUCUAAAUGAGACGUGGAAAAUGAGUCCGGUUGCCGAGCAAUCCCCUACCUACCAGGCGCUCGCCGCAUCAGUCACCACGAAACCAUCAGUAUUGAGUAGCCCAGCGAAUUCUGAUAUUCUGGUGGCACCGGCUAGUGUGCCGGCGGCUGCUACGCUUCCAAAAAUCAUUCCGCCGAGGAGUAGACAGAAAUCGGAGAGAGAGGCACAACCAUCGGUGAUCGAUCGACAACAAUCGUGUGAUGUCAAUUUGUUAAAUGGAAGGAAGAAUGAGGAUACGGUGGUGAAGAAGGAAGAGAUUCCUUCUAGACAAUCCAGCAUAUCCACCGAUCUCCGCGAGGUGACAAAAGAGGAACCACUCCCAAUGAGUGCGCCAUCCAGUGUGAAAUCAAUGAGACGUCAGGCACCAGAUUCCACGUUGCAUCCAGAAGAACGCAAACGAAUUCUCCAUUUACACGCCGAGCAGAACAGGCGGAGUGCGUUGAAAGACGGAUUCGAUCAGCUGAUGGAUAUUAUUCCGGAUUUAUACUCGGGCGGUGUGAAACCAACGAACGCUGUCGUCCUCGCAAAAGCCGCCGAUCAUAUUCGACGUCUUCAAAAUGAGAAAUCGGAUAAAGCGGAUAAAAUCAAGGAGGCGAAGGCGAAGAUUGAGAAGUUGAAUCAGCGGAUAUCAUCAAUCCAAACGAAUCUUCCCCAAUCGAGCGCUCCCUCGACGUCGACUCAAAUCGAUUCGAAAACGUCUCUCGAGACAUUUUUCGAUCGAUAUAUGAAGGAAGGAGCGAAGAAGGAUUGGCGUUUCUGGGUGAUGUCUCAAAUGCUGAAACCCAUCUGUGUCACACAAUCCAACUCGUUCGCCGCCACUGUCGCCGGUGACUCGUCGUCACGGAAUGAAGUCGCAGCGUCGUGUUCCGAUUGGAUUAAUAAGAAUUGGAAGGCGACCGAGUUGAGACCGUUGGCUAGCACGUUGUUGGUGAGUUUUUGA